AUCAUGAUUCUUGGUUGCCUCACCCGCAUGCCUUUCCCACUUCUCUCUCUCUCUAAAAACUUCCCUAUAAAACCCACUCUCUCCACUUCUUCUUCAAUCUUCAUCCCUCUCUCUCUCUAUUUUCCUCCCUUUUGAUCCAUUUUCCCAACUUCCACUUUGGGUUUUCCUUGUUCUUUUUUUCGAUUUGGUCGAGGGUUUUUUUUUUUUUAGCAAUGGCUGUUUCAGGUUUCGAAGGGUUUGAGAAACGCUUAGAGCUCCAUUUCUUUGGGGACGAUAAUGAUCCAACGGUCACCACAAUGGGACUUAGGCUGCUUGAUUUUGAAUCACUGGAAAAUGUGUUACGUGUCGUUCAAUGCACUGUCGUUUCGGCUGUCGGGAACCAUUUCUUCGAUGCUUACGUGUUGUCUGAAUCCAGUUUGUUUGUUUACCCCACUAAGAUCAUCAUCAAAACAUGUGGGACCACUCAGUUACUCAAAUCGAUUCGGCCGUUGAUUCACUUGGCCAAAAAUCUCGGCCUUACGAUAUGCGGGUGUAGGUACACCCGAGGUACUUUCAUCUUCCCUAAAUCACAGCCUUUCCCUCAUAUUAACUUCAAACAAGAAGUUAUUUACAUUGAAGAAAAUCUCCCCAACAAUCUUUGCUUUCGAAAAGCUUCCGUUAUGCCUUCCAAGAACCCUUCCUAUUCGUGGCAUGUUUUCUCCUCCGCUUCUGACAAUGGAGCUCAUUUCUCCGACGGUGAAUUCACCGUCGAAGUUUGCAUGACGGAGCUCGACCGAGUCUUGGCUCGGAAAUUCUUCAAAACCGGUGGAGACUCAGCUGCUAAAGAAAUGACCGACUUGACUGGGAUCGGCAACAUUAACCCUCGAGCUUUGAUUUGCGAUUUCGUGUUUGAUCCUUGUGGGUACUCCAUGAAUGGCGUCGACGGUGAUCGGUACUCCACGAUCCAUGUCACACCUGAAGAUGGGUUCAGUUACGCUAGCUUCGAGUAUGUUGGGUCCGUUUACGAUGACCAAGACGACAUUGUUGAGACCUUGAAGAAGGCGGUUCAAGUUUUCAAGCCGGCGACGGUUUCUGUUUCAACGACGAGCCAUCGCCGUGAAGUUUGGACCAGGGUAGCUCAUGCCAUGGAACCAUUAGGACUCAAAUGCCGGAGUUUCGCUAUGGAUGAGUUCCCCACCGCCGGUACUGUCGUCUUCCAAACGUUCACGGCGGCUCGCCGGAAAUAAAACCAGAAAAAGACGUCAUCAACAACAACGACAACAACAAAGGUAGAUAAAACGUUAAAACCAGUGAAGUAGAGAGGUUUAGUUGGGGGAAUUUUUUGUAUGAAAAAUCUAGGGGUUAAGAAAAAAGGUAAAAUUCUGGUUUUGGUCCCUCAAUUAUACUCAAAUUUUGGAUUUAUUCUCUAUAUUUUAAUUUGACAUAA